AUGUGUUUGUCUGACAAACAGCGGCAACAAGGGCAACAGCCCUUGUCGCUAGAAAAACUGUUGGAAGCAACACGAAACCCACAUCGACCGGCCUCGUCCGAUGCAUUCGUGGCGUUUCUCAAACGGUCCCAUUGCGACGAAAACUUGUCUUUUUUGCUGGCAACAGACCCCUACGUCCAGGGCGUCUCAUGGGACGCCCUGGCAUCGUGGACUCGCGACGUGUACACGCUGUACAUCCAAACAGACUCCCCCCGCGAGUGUAACUUACCACAGGCAAUCCGGCAAACGUUCGACGAAAGCGCCAAGUCUCACACCGUGCCGCCACAAUCUAGCAUCGAGGCGGCUCGCAAACACGUCCUUUGGCUGCUGCAAGACGCACAUUCAAAGUUCAGCCACUUGCAACGUCGUUGUUCACGGCCUGCGACCUGUCGUCGUUCUCACGGCUACAACGAAACCGCUGGCCAAGUUCACAACAGCACCAGCAGUAGUACUAGCACAAGCACUACCAGCACAAGUCAUUGCAAUGAAAAUAAUCAUCAACUAAACUGGAGCCUGUCAGUCUCACAAAAUUCACAAUCACAGUCACCAACACUACUGUCACCUGAUACGGCACGUAUCGAUCUGCUGUCGUCCUUCAUGGACGAUUUCGCUGUAGAGGAAGAAGAAGAUGUCGAAGAGGACAUUGAUGAUGUCAACAACGACAGUUCACUGCUCAGCCGGGUGCCCUCUAGGCUCCCGGAAAUCGAGUCUCCUGCUGCUCACCGCAACAGCCACAGCCAACAAACGGAUCUUUGCUCCCGUGCCAACACUCUGGGUAGCUUUUCAAGGUCUGCAUCGAGUCCUGCAUCGACCCCAACGUCUUUGUUCCCGCCGCGGGGCUCUCCACUGGCCUCUUACCCAGUUUCGCAUCCAUCCACCUCUACGGCCACUUUAACCACCGCCGAACGCUCUAGCAACACCAUAAGCGCUCCAUCAACCGCCUCUUCGUCUUUUUCCAUCACAACGGCCACAACUGCUGGGUUUAAGCCAGCCAAGCUUAAACACACGGGUAAGAAACUCGUGCACAAGCUCAAAUUUCGCAGAAGUAGUUCAGGAAGUUCGGGCUCUUCCGUGAACCCUCCGUAA